CUCAUUCAUAGCUUUCAAGCCCUUUACCUCUGAUAAACUUUCUCAGCUGUAGACACCGAAGAGUGAAAUGGCUAGGCUCCAGUGAGGUGUGCAGGGACUAGACGACUGAUUGGUUCUUACCGUAAAAAGCUACGGGAUGCCAUUUCUGCAGACCCCACCCCAAGAAUCCCGAAGCUCUUUUUAACCCAAUAUGUCAUUUUCAGAAUGAGUGGCUUCGCACUUUGGGGAGGUGUCCUGACUCUUAGCCUAUUGCUGCUAUCAUUUUUUACCCUCUUGCCACAGAGUUUCCUCACUCUGUGUGGCAUACAGAGCUUGGAGUCUAAACUAAUAACAUGUAAUUUAUUGUUGUGAAAAUAACACACACUUUUUUUUUCUAAGCUAGACUAUCAACUGACUUCAUGAUUAUUUUUUAGAGAAGCUACCUAUCUCACUUAUUCUCAAUAUGACAAGAAAAAGAAGGCAAAAAUGGAAUACUCUUAAAAUGAAUAGGAUAUCUUUGUCAAAAAGUCUAGCUGGGUAUGGUGGUGCAUACCUGUAACCCCAGCAUUUGGGAGGCUGAGGCAAGAGGAUCUUGAGUUCAAGACUAGCCUUGGCUACAGAGUAAGACGCUGUCUACAGAGUGAGACUCUGUCUACAAACAGACAAUUGAACACAAUUUAGUUGAUUAAAUUCAAGUCCCCUUUCUACAAACAAUGACCUAUAAUACACAUUUUUUUUAUUGUACUGAAUUCUCUCACCAGCUCGAUAUGACAUCAUGUAAAAGGAACAUAGGCACAUAGAAAUAAAUUCUAUCUUUGUGUGUGUGUGUGCUUGUGUGUGCUCGCGGCUCUACAUGCACAUUUCUUGGGGAUCGUGUGGAAGUCGGAGGAUAACUUUUGGAGUCCUCCCUUUCCACUUCGUUGAGGCAGAGUCUCAAGUGCUGCAUACUCCAGGCUAGCUGACCAACUUCAGCCGGUUCGCCUAUCUAUCCUCCCUUGCUGUGUUAGGGUUGCUGGAUUGACAGACAGACGUUCCAGUUCUUUCCUGGCUUUGCUGGGAUCCUCAGGCUUCUGCCACAAGUGCUUUUACCUUUUGGACCAACUCCUUGGCCUUAGAAAUAAAUUACAUCUGCCAAAUUCAAGGCUUUACAUUUGACACCUCACAUCUAUAUGCCUUUUUAAAAAGGAUUGGAUGGUGAGAAAAGGAAAGAUUCCUGUGAGAAGAGAUCAGGAUGAACGGAGAGAUGUGUGCUUAAAGUUGGGCCAGGUGAAAAUGAUCUCUUUGAAAGUAGAAGAGAUCUGAGCAGAUGAAAAUACCAUCAGGAAGAUGCAACAUGGCAGCAGCAAUGGAAACAGAGCAGCUGGGUGUCGAGAUAUUUGAAACUGCAGAGUGUGAGGAGGGAAAUGGUGAAUCACAGGACCGACCCAAACUGGAGCCUUUUUAUGUCGAACGGUAUUCUUGGAGUCAGCUGAAAAAGCUGCUCGCUGAUACCAGAAAAUACCAUGGCUACAUGAUGGCUAAGGCGCCACAUGAUUUUAUGUUUGUGAAGAGGACGGAUCCGGAUGGGCCUCACUCAGACAGGGUCUAUUAUCUUGCCAUGUCUGGUGAGAACAGAGAAAAUACACUAUUUUAUUCUGAAAUCCCUAAAACUGUCAACAGAGCAGCAGUCUUAAUGCUUUCUUGGAAGCCUCUUUUGGAUCUUUUUCAGGCGACACUAGACUAUGGGAUGUAUUCUCGAGAGGAAGAGCUACUCAGAGAAAGAAAGCGCAUCGGAACUGUGGGAAUCGCAGCUUAUGAUUACCACCCAGGAAGUGGAACAUUCCUGUUUCAAGCUGGUAGCGGUAUUUACCAUAUCAAAGAUGGAGGACCACAUGGAUUUACACAACAGCCUUUACAGCCCAAUUUAGUGGAAACUAGUUGUCCCAAUAUACGAAUGGAUCCGAAACUAUGCCCUGCUGAUCCAGACUGGAUAGCUUUCAUUCACAGCAAUGAUAUUUGGAUAUCAAACCUCGUAACCAGGGAAGAACGGAGGAUCACCUAUGUGCACAAUGAGCUAGCCAACAUGGAAGAGGAUCCCAGAUCAGCUGGUGUAGCCACCUUUGUUCUUCAAGAAGAAUUUGACAGAUACUCUGGCUACUGGUGGUGUCCCCAAGCUGAAAGAACUCCUAGUGGUGGUAAAAUUCUUAGAAUUCUCUAUGAAGAAAAUGAUGAAUCUGAGGUGGAGAUUAUUCAUGUAACGUCCCCCAUGUUGGAAACAAGGAGGGCAGAUUCUUUCCGGUAUCCUAAAACAGGGACAGCAAACCCAAAGGUCACUUUCAAGAUGUCCGAGAUAGUUGUUGAUGCUGAAGGAGGGAUUAUAGAUGUCAUAGAUAAAGAACUGGUUCAACCUUUUGAGAUUCUGUUUGAGGGAGUUGAAUAUAUUGCCAGAGCCGGAUGGACUCCAGAGGGAAAACAUGCCUGGUCCAUCCUGCUAGACCGUUCCCAGACUCACCUGCAGAUCGUUCUGAUCUCCCCUGAGUUAUUCAUCCCAGUAGAAGAUGAUGCCAUGGACAGACAGAGACUCAUAGAGUCAGUUCCUGACUCUGUGACGCCACUGAUCAUCUAUGAAGAAACAACAGACAUCUGGAUAAAUAUCCACGAUAUUUUUCAUGUUUUUCCUCAAACUCAUGAAGAUGAAAUUGAGUUUAUUUUUGCCUCUGAAUGCAAAACAGGUUUUCGUCAUCUGUAUAAAAUCACAUCCAUUUUAAAGGAGAGCAAAUAUAAACGGUCCAGUGGUGGACUACCUGCCCCAAGUGAUUUCAAAUGUCCUAUCAAAGAGGAAAUAGCAAUUACCAGUGGUGAAUGGGAAGUACUUGGUCGGCAUGGAUCUAAUAUUUGGGUUGAUGAAGCCAGAAAGCUGGUGUACUUUGAAGGCACCAAAGACUCUCCUUUGGAGCAUCAUCUAUACGUGACCAGUUAUGCAAACCCUGGUGAAGUAGUGAGGCUGACUGACCGUGGCUACUCACACUCCUGCUGCCUCAGCCGGCAUUGUGACUUCUUCAUAAGUAAGUACAGCAACCAGAAGAAUCCACACUGCGUGUCCCUCUACAAACUCUCAAGUCCUGAAGAUGACCCAGUUCAUAAAACAAAGGAAUUUUGGGCCACCAUUUUGGAUUCCGCAGGUCCUCUUCCUGACUAUACCCCUCCAGAAAUUUUUUCUUUUGAAAGUACUACUGGAUUUACACUGUAUGGAAUGUUGUAUAAGCCUCAUGACCUACAACCUGGAAAGAAAUACCCCACUGUGCUCUUCAUAUAUGGUGGUCCCCAGGUGCAGCUGGUGAACAAUCGGUUUAAAGGAGUCAAGUAUUUCCGCCUGAACACCCUGGCCUCCCUGGGCUAUGUGGUUGUGGUGAUAGACAACAGGGGAUCAUGUCACCGAGGGCUUAAAUUUGAAGGCGCCUUUAAAUAUAAAAUGGGUCAAAUAGAAAUCGAUGAUCAAGUGGAAGGUCUCCAGUACCUAGCAUCUCAGUAUGACUUCAUUGACUUGGAUCGAGUGGGCAUCCACGGCUGGUCCUAUGGUGGCUACCUCUCUCUAAUGGCGUUAAUGCAGAGGUCGGAUAUCUUCCGGGUUGCUAUUGCUGGGGCCCCAGUCACUCUGUGGAUCUUCUAUGAUACAGGAUACACAGAGCGCUACAUGGGUCACCCUGACCAGAAUGAACAGGGCUAUUACUUAGGAUCUGUGGCCAUGCAAGCGGAGAAGUUCCCCUCAGAACCAAACCGUUUACUCCUCUUACACGGGUUCUUGGAUGAGAAUGUUCACUUUGCACACACCAGUAUAUUGCUGAGUUUUUUAGUGAGGGCUGGAAAGCCAUAUGACUUACAGAUCUACCCCCAGGAGAGGCACAGCAUCAGAGUCCCCGAAUCUGGAGAACACUAUGAACUGCACCUGCUCCACUACCUUCAGGAGAACCUCGGAUCACGAAUUGCUGCUCUGAAAGUGAUGUAACCCUGACUCAUGUACACUCGGUGUACACUGUCUAACCAAACGAGGAGGGUUAGCCAAUAGAGAAGCCAGAGUUGAUGAACCUACUUUUGUACCCGCCACAUAAGAUCUACUUCUGAAAGUAAAUUUGGUGCCAUGCAGAAAUUUGCAGUUCAUGGAUAGUAAUCUAAUACCUUAACCAUGCACAUAGAACUGAGUGACAUGUUCCCAAGGGAUUGAGCAGGACCUGGGGAUACUGAACGAAUCAAGGCACCAGCGCCACAUAUUCAGAGUAGCCUACUUUCACUUUACUAGCAGUAUAAGCCUCUUGGACUUAAUUAGUGGACUUUACAGUAUACUCUAAAUGAGUUUGUUAAAAUAUGAUGGUAGUAGUGAUUGGUUUGGUUCAAUUCCAGGAUCUCUGACUAGUUAUGGAUUUGAUAGCACUUACGUCUAAUUGAAUAGCUUAUGCUUCGUCACUUGGGGUGUAUCCAGCAUGUCAUGAACUAAAUACUAUUAAGCUUAUGACUUUCCCAGUCAUUAAUAAUUUUUCAAGGAUAACUUGGUGGCCUCCUAAAGAUACUUACUUGGUUGGGCUCUGACCAGAUUUUUAACCAAUUUAAACAGCAUCUAGUGUAGGUAAUUCUCCUUUGCUGUGAUGGUGUGAUGGAGUGGGAGUUUCUUUUACAUAAAGACAAGUAACUAUGUAGCAUGAGUUUAAUCACAAGUCUCAAGAUGUUGACAAUUAUAGGCAAAACAUUUUUAAUCAAAUUAUUUGAGAGCUUGAAAAUUAGCAAGUUUUUUCUCCUUUUAGGAACAGAACAUGUACACAUUGUAUUCUGAAAAUGUAAUAAUGGUGCCGCUUCCUUCUGGCCUUUCCUUUCUUAAAGUGCUCCCUAGUUUCCAGGAGGUAAAAAGGUUACAGAGGGAAGGGACCCUGGUGCAGGGAGUGGCCAGGUAAGACCAGGUAGCAAGGCUCUGCUUCACCAGAAACAUCCAUGAGAAAAUCCAGGGUAGGUGUUAACCCUGAGCGGCAGGAGCCAGAACUGGCAUGCCAAGCUCUGCCAGCACAGCUACAGGGUCAGUCUUUGGAGCGGUUACUUUUAUAAUUCCAACUUUUUGUUAUUUUUCCUUUUAACUUUAAAAACCUUACAAAUCUAAACUUUAACUUUUUUAUUUGAAUGUAAUUUAGAUAUCACUAGCUUAAAAUAAAAAGGUUUCCAGGCCACUUCUUUGCCGUAAGCUGAUCCCUGACAAACCAUGGCACUCUUUGUGUUGGAAGCCUAUCGGCCAUUACAUUCUCUUGCUUCAGCCUUCCUGCUUGACUAUGAAGGGAUGCAUGAGCUUUCAAGUGCUGGCUGGCAUCUGCCCUUAGGGCCUUCCAGUAUUAGAUGGGUCCCACUGCAGCCAGACAUCUGUGGGUUUGACCCUCAAUCACAAACCCCAGUGUUUAGACAGUUACUAUAACUUAAAAAUCACCCCAAGAAAAGUCACUGUGUUUCUUUCUCACUGCCACAUCAGGUCCCUUUCCAAGAGUGCACAGUGAGGACAGGGACUGCCAGAAUAGAGGUGGGUGCUUUGGGAAGCCUGGAGAUAAAUGGCAAGUGACCAUGGGAAGGGAGGGCUGGGUUUGCCAGCUGUGUAUUUAUGCUGUAUGAUAGAUCCCACACUUUUCUUAUUGUCUGUCUAUUUUGACGUUCAUGCUUAUGACAUUUUCUUGUGCCAAAAUUUGUUUAUAUUUUUCAAGUUAAAUUAAACUGAUUUGGGUAACUUUCCUUCCCCUACAAAGUA